AUGGCAUUCCGUUAUAUUUUCGUGAUCAGUGCCCUGGUUGUCCUGGCCCAAGGAUCUUAUUUGUCAUCGGUGCAUCAGGAUUCGGGGCUUGGAGUGCAUCACUCUGGAGUGGCUGGAGCUCCUGUUCUUGGCGUUUCACGUGGCCAUUCCGCUGCAUCUCAGCCUCAACGCCCCAUCUCUGGCCAUGGUUCCCUCUCUGGUCCAGUUGGAGGAUCCCGUCGAGUGAGCGGUGCAGGAGUAGGCGGAUCUCGUCCUCAUGGUGGUGCUCCUCGUCGUCCUUCUGCCGGCGCUCAUGGUCGUCCAAUUGGAGGUGGAGCUGCCUACGGAAAUGUUCACCAAAAUCGCAAUCGCAUCCAGAAACCUUAUUAG